AGGUAGACUUGGAUCAGGCAUUUGCAUUUACAAUUUGCGUGGCUAACGUCAGGUUGUAUCCAAGGUGCGAAGUCUCAAAUACUACAAAUAAUUAAGAAGAGAAAUACUGAUGCGUCUGUUUCUAUCGCAAAUAAAGAAAGCAGUAGUAAAUUCCGUCAACGCACGAAAAUACGUCGCGUAUAGCAGCACUAUGGCAGACCAAAUGCAAAAUCCUCAAGACCCAAAGAAGGCCUCCUCCAUCUUCGAGUUCAACGCGAAGAACAUCAAAGGCGAAGUUGUGCCUAUUUCCGACUACAAGGGUCACGUGUGCAUCAUCGUAAACGUCGCCUCGCAAUGCGGAUUGGCAGGAAACAAUUACAAGGAUCUGGUGGAUCUGCACGAACAGUACGGCGAGAGUAAGGGCCUGAAGAUUCUCGCCUUCCCGUGCAAUCAAUUUGGAAACCAGGAAGCGGGAAACACCGACGAGAUCUGCACGUUCGUGUCGAAGCGUAACGUCAAGUUCGAUAUGUUCGAGAAGGUGGACGUGAACGGUAGCAACGCUCAUCCCCUGUGGACGUAUCUGCAGAACACCGUCAAGGGUACGAUCUCCAAUAAAAUUAAGUGGAACUUCACCAAGUUCAUCGUCGACAAGGAGGGAAAACCGGUGGAGAGGCACAGUCCGACCACCAACCCCAAAGAUCUUGUCAAACAUCUUGAAAAGUACUUCUAAAUUUAAUUAUAUUUCUUCAAACGGGUUUAAUUUAUUGUAGCAUUUAAUAAAAAUUAACUAGUUUCAUGUA